UGUGUGCUGCGCAACAAGAACAGGAACGUUCUAGAGAACAGAACCUCUGUGACGUUGACAUCAUCUCUGGGUUACCAGCAACCAGCGCCCCCCCUCCGGCGAGGAGUGGCGGAGUGUGCGGCGCGACAGCUAAGCAGGUGAAGGAAUGCGUUUCAGUGGUGAAUUCCUGGCCAUUGUCGUCGCCGUGAUCUGUGGUUGUUGAGCAGCGCGUUUCGUCGUGCCAGGAAAUUCGAGACUCGCAUACAAUAGCCGGGACAAGCCAUGGCGCAAAGAGCAGCCGUGAUGGCGUGCGUGCUUUAUUUCUUCCUUUUCAUGGCACACGGCUGUGUCGCGCCGUUCAUGCCCCUCAUCUGGCGAUCCAAGGGACUCUCGGAGCACCAGGUCGGUAUCUUGGGAGCGAUUCGACCCGUGGCCUCCUUCUUCGUAAACCCGGUCAUGUGCGCGUUCGCAGACAGGCAUAGCAUUCACCAGCAGGUGGUCUAUACGGCGUUGUUUUUGUACGUCGUCACUCGACCGUCGGUGCUUUUCGCGGGAACGUUCUUGGCGGUGGCGGCGGUGGAGGCGUCUUGCUCCUUCUCGACGAGUCCCAUCGGCAGCCUCAUCGACUCGUCAAUUAGGCAGGCCUUCGGAGGGGACGGAUACGGCAAUCUUCGGCUGUGGGGUGCGAUUGGUUUCGGGAUCGCCUCGCUCAUCGGGGGAUUCGUGUGCGACUCCUACGGCGGCAGCUACACCGGGGUCAUGAUUGUGUUCGUCGCGAAUGUCGCGGUGGCGAUGGCGGCGUCGACCGGCGUUCCCAUCGGGCGACGAGGGGGCGGAACCGCCACCCGAGACAAGCAGCUUGGCGGCGGCGGCGGCGGCGGCGGCGGCGGCGGUGAUGGUGACGGCGUCGCUACGGGGGGAGACUUCGAGCUCGGCGAAAAGAGGACGGAGAGUCCUGUCUCUCCUCGAACCGCAACCCGAGGUUGCGCUGUUGCUCGUGAUAAGACGGCAGGGGAACCGAAGUGCGCCGGUCUCAUCGGAACUGCCGCCGUGACCCCAGCAGUGGCCACCGACACCGCCGCUACCGCUGAUGGUAAUCAUGACCAUCUCUACGACGACGACGAACCCGAAGGCAACGACGAAGCUCAAACGCACUCCGCCUUGCUGUCCCGCCCUAGGACGACCUCGGACAAGGACGGCGGCGGCGACACCAACGGCAGCAGCGGCGCCAGCAGAGGUGAUGGUGAGGGACCCGGGAGGAAGGCCAAAGAGCAGGGGGGUGUGCUCAUGGCCGUUCGGAUCAUGACGAAUACGGGAGAGAGCGCUUCCUUUUUCAUGGCAGUGGGGCUCAGCGGCAUGGGAUCGGGUGUAAUCGACACAUUUCUCUUCAUCAGGCUGGAAGAGCUUGGGGGUUCGCACGUGCUGUGCGGGCUCGCGCGUCUCAUCAUGUGCAUCGCGGAAGUGCCGUUCUUCUACCUCUCGGGGCCUCUCAUCAGGCGGGUCGGCGUUCGGGGAGUGAUCGCCCUCACCCAGGUGGCCUACCUGACUCGCUUCAUCUACUACUCGGUGCUACGAGAGCCGUGGUGGGUCCUCCCGGCCGAGGUGCUGCACGGCCUGACCUUCGCCGCAAUGUGGGCAGCCACCACAGAAUACGCGCACGGGAUCGCUCCAGGCACCUCACUUGCGAACGACGAUUCAAGGAGUCGUGUCCGGAAUCCACUGGGGCCUGGGCUUUGGGCUCGGGGCGAUGCUGGGAGGGCUCCUGUACGCAGGCCUCGGUGCUUCCAGGUGUUUCGCCGUCAGCGCCGCUCUUCCUUCGCUGUCCCUGCUGUUGCUGGUCCUGCCCACGGCGAAACGGUGGAUCAGCGGCACCGACGCGCGCGGCGGGCGGCCGGGGGCGAAAGGUAUGCCACCUCGUAGCAGGCGACGGUGCUGGGGCGGCUACUGCGGCGGUGGUGGCAAUGAUGGACGCUCGUCGUACGAGCUCGUUGCGAAGGAGACUCAAGCCAGUAGUCCCAACGAUCGAAGCGACGACUACUGCUGUGACGACGACGUCGAUGCCGACGGAGGUGAGAACAGCAUCGAGAAGACCAACAACAGCAGCAACAACGCCAGUGACAGCGGCGAUGACGUCAGCAGCGAUGACAGCAACCUAGAGGCACAGCGGCGGGAGGCAACGGCCGUGUAGACGAAAUCCGCUCUGUUUUUCUGUCUCGUUAUUACACAACACGGUGUGUGUACGAUACGAGAAGGACGCGUUCUACAAAUUUAGAGAAAUUUUGUACUUAAGAGCAAGUUGUUUUUGCACUUUUAUUUGUUGCCCAGAGCGGAAGCGGUCUGCCAAUGAGCCUUCCUGACGUCCGCAUGGCUUUGAAUUGGUGUUCCACCUACAUGGGUCGAUGGGAUUACUAAGGGCACCGACACCAGGGGAGGGUGGAGAGUUGUGCUUGCGUAAAACAUGAUGUUCAAAGUGUCAAAAACGAAGUAAUCCAUCGCGUUUAGUACAGAAACAACGUGCGAUGCAACGCCGUUUCACGCGGAUUGUGGUCAUUUAGAAUCACGCUGUGCUGCAACAGUUCCGCUGCGGCAAACGUAUCCCCCCCACCACUGUGUAAGCCACAUCCCUGUAGACCUUCGAGCAUCGAUGGAGACACUUUCAUCUCUUGGCGUGCAGAGCUAAGAAUGUUGUUUCAUGGGGCAUUGAUCGCCUCUGUGCGAGUUUAUGAGACCGCAAAUCUUGGCAACAAGCUGUCAGUAGAGUCAACCCUUUAACUUCAACACCCUUGCCUUCACCGCAGCUGACACGGUAUCCUCACGAAACAGUGGGUAUUGGUCCACAGCCUCCAGCGGUGAACUCAGCGUCCCUAGGUACAUUAGCGGAUGUUGCCGCUGCACAUACGCGACGUCUCCGGUUUCUGUUUAUUGACAAAAAAUAUGGGGUUGUUGGCCAUUUUCUGCGCAUUCACCGUUUGGGAGAUGGUGUUUUACACGGUCGUGACUGUGAUGGGACGGGGAGGAGCAACAAUACUGCUGUUCACGACCGAAAUGAUGAGGUACGGUAGGUGGCAGGCGUUGGACGUCAAGCGUCAGAUAGAUGCACACACCAAUGGAGAGGAAGGCAGCACCUGCGGCGCAGGAGGGGUCAAGGGUUGGUGUCGCACAGGUUUUCUGCUGUUGUUUGACGACGAACAACGUUCGUGAAAGCCCCCCCGACCCCCCCCCUCUCGUCAUGUUGGAUUUCUAUAACCUAUUUCGAAGGAAAACUCGAUUCUUCUCCGGAUUUCCGUCGACAAUAUGGUUGUUUACGGUGAUUUUGGCGUGACAACAUCUCGGGCAUUCUUGGGACAAAGCCAUCACCUGCGUUGUUUGGUAUACACCCAGAUGUACGAUUCCGUUGUCCCUGAGUGUGAUAUCUUCGUGUUGUCUGUGUUUGUGGAGAAUAUCCCCGCGGUAAGUUCAAGCCCUCUUUCGUUCUCCGCCCGGGGGUCGGAAAUCCGCACCAUCCAAUCGUUCAGUGAGUUCCAACCUCUGUCGAUUCCUUGCACGU